AUGUCGUUAGAUUCGGACUCCUCUUCGCAGGGCGGCGACCGCCGGAGCUUCCGGCAGAUCACACGAGACCGAUUAUUAUUUGAAAUGCUCAGGUCGACUAGGAAGGAUUCAAAAUCAGCAUGGAAGGUUCUUAUCAUGGAUAAGUUUACGGUCAAGAUAAUGUCCUACUCAUGUAAGAUGGCAGACAUCACAGAAGAAGGGGUUUCAUUGGUUGAAGAUCUAUACAAACGGAGACAGCCAUUGCCUUCACUGGAUGCUAUAUAUUUCAUCCAACCAACUAAAGAAAAGGCGUAUGUGUUUUUCAGUUCUCCCAUACAGAAAGACUUAGUUGCUCAAAUAAAAAGGGAUUCAAGUAUAUUACCUCGUAUUGGUGCACUUAGUGAGAUGAAUUUGGAGUACUUCCCUAUUGAUUCCCAGGGUUUCAUAACUGACCAUGAAAGGGCAUUGGAAGAGCUUUUCUGUGAGAGUGCAGAAGGCUUCAACAAAUACAAUGCUUGUUUGAAUGCAAUGGCUACUCGUAUAUCUACAGUAUUUGCAUCUAUGAGGGAAUUUCCCCGUGUGCACUACCGCAUUGCCAAGACCAUUGAUGCUUCUACAAUGACAACACUAAGGGACAUGGUGCCCACAAAGAUUGCUGCUGGUGUAUGGAAUUACCUCUCCAAAUAUAAAACGUCAAUUCCUGAAUUCCCGCAGACAGAAACUUGUGAACUUCUCAUAGUAGACCGUUCAGUAGAUCAGAUCGCACCAAUAAUUCAUGAAUGGACUUAUGAUGCCAUGUGCCAUGAUCUGCUAUGCAUGGAUGGUAACAAGUACGUACAUGAGGUUUCAAGUAAAAAUGGUUCAGCCUCAGAAAAAAAGGAGGUCCUGUUAGAGGACCAUGAUCCAGUUUGGCUUGAACUUCGACAUUCCCAUAUAGCAGAUGCAAGUGAAAGACUUCAUGAUAAGAUGACACAUUUUGUCUCGAAGAACAAAGCUGCUCAACGACAGCAAGCAAGAACCGGAGGAGAGCUAUCAACUAGAGACCUACAAAAAAUGGUUCAAGCUCUUCCACAGUACACUGAUCAAAUUGACAAGCUUUCGCUGCAUGUCGAGAUUGCAGGAAAACUCAAUGUCAUAAUAAGGGAGCAAUGUCUUAGAGAUGUUGGACAACUAGAGCAAGAUCUUGUAUUUGGUGAUGCUGGGACAAAAGAAUUAAUCAAUUUUUUUCGGACACAAUUGGGUGUAAGUCGUGAAAAUAAGUUGCGUCUGCUCAUGAUUUACGCAGCAAUCAAUCCAGAGAAGUUUGAAAGCGAUAAGGGUACAAAAAUGAUGCAGUUGGCAGGAUUAUCUGCUGAUGACAUGAUUGCUGUGAAUAAUAUGCGCUGCUUAUGCACUGACACAAAAAAGUCCUCAGGAGGAGCUUUUACACUGAAAUUUGAUGUUCAGAAGAAAAAACAUGCACAUAGAAAAGAGCGAACAACGGAACAAUCAGCAUGGGCACUGUCCCGAUUUUAUCCGGUUCUGGAGGAAUUGAUUGAGCAGCUCAGCAAGGGUGAAUUACCAAAAGAUGAAUAUAACUGCAUGAACGACCCUAGUCCCAGUUUCCAUGUUGUACCUACCACUACCAGUACCUCAGUCCACACAAGCCCAGCUCACUCGAUGAGAUCUAGGAGGACUGGUGGAUCAUGGGCUAGGCCUCGUGGUUCUGAUGAUGGUUAUUCAAGUGAUUCUGUAUUGAAGCAUGCAUCGAGUGAUUUCCAAAAGCAUGGCCAGCGUAUAUUUGUUUUUGUCAUUGGUGGUGCUACUCGAUCAGAGUUACGCGCUGCACACAAGCUUUCAUCGAAGCUGAAGCGUGAGGUCAUCCUUGGUUCGUCCAGCCUUGAUGAUCCACCCCAGUUCAUCACAAAACUGAAGAUGAUGUCCGCCGAAGAGCUAACACUGGACGAUCUUCACAUAUAA